GUGAGUAUCCACACAGAGAAGCAGGCGUAUGCCACAAACAUUGAUAUAACAUUCCGGGCCCAGACAGAAGAACCGGACCCUCUGGAAUUCCUCUGGCACUUUGGAGAUUCCCGGCCACUCUGGACCACGUCACGCUCCUUCAACAAGACAUACCACACACCUGACAGGUUCUCACUCAUCUCUUUGAUGAACACAAUUAAUCAAUGAUUAGUCAUAAUCAGUAGGCAUAUCCAUGGUCACACACAUUUGAUAUUUCCAGAAUACUCCCUUAGAAUUGUCAGAUUUACUAAUCUUGUCUACUCCUCCGUCCUGUCCUCCCAGGUACAGUGUGGUGGUGGUAGCCUCCAACGGGCUGAGCUCCUUCACCUCUGCGGUCCAUCCUGUCCUGGUCCAGAGAGCUGUGUGUCCUAACAGAUUGCUCCUCCAGCCCUCUGUGGUUCUGAACCACACCGCCAGCUUCACCUGUAGGGUCAACUCUGGAACCAACCUCUCCUACUCCUGGAGCUUUGGAGAUGGAACCUCCAGGACGGGAGGGAACACAGAACAGCAUGUGUUCCACAGGUCAGACGCAACCUUCUAAAAACUUUUAUUAAAGGUGCAAUCUGUAACUGUCCUAUCCAAUCGAAGGUGUUGCCCCUGCACUUGAUUGUGAACUGAUUGCAGUCUUGGUGAAUGUGACAGAUGGUGACAUAACAUGGCAUAGUGUGUGAUUGUUCCCCAUGCAGGACAGGAGAGUUCACGGUUGAGGUGACCGUGUCUAACCUGGUCAGCUCUGCCUCCCUGACCGCACAGAUGUUUGUGGUCGACCGCCCCUGUAAGCCUCCAGCUGUUAAAAACAUGGGACCGCUCAAGAUACAGGUAAGAGUGUUACUGAGAGACUGCAGGUUUGGACCUGUUGGCAUAAUGGUUUGGACUGACAGACACAGGGCGAUGUCCAAACUGCCCCCAAAUUCACUCUCCUCUCCUCUCCUCUCCAGGUACGGCGGUAUGAGCCAGUGGGUCUGGGGGUGACAUAUGAGGCAGAGGUCCAGUGUGAUGUGUCCCAGGGUCUGGAGUACAGCUGGUCUCUGUAUACCUCUACAGGCCUGCCUGUACCUCUACCUCCUGUUCACACAGACAGACAGAGCAUCACCCUACCCAGCCACUUCCUACACUAUGGUAUCUACACCGCUAUAGCCAGGGUGAGUGAAAUCAAAACAGAAUACACGCAUUCUGUAAUACUAUAUGUUGUCAAUAUGUAGGUUGCUAUCCCUUUUCAUUGAAAACCUGGUAAAAUAGUAUCGUUUUUAUAAUGAAGUUAUCAUAACGUUGUCCUGUGGUUGUGUGUAGGUCCAGAUCGUGGGCAGUGUGGUGUACAGUAACUACAGUGUGUGUGUGGAGGUGGUGCCUAGUCCUCUGGUCUCCUUCAUCCAUGGAGGCACCAACAUGUUCCUCAGCAGCCGAAACAGCAGCAUUAUCUCCCUCAACGGACAACUCUCCUACGACCCCGACUACCCCAUGAACCACCUCAGGUAGCUACACAGUAACACUGGCUGUCAGUCUGUCAGUAGAAUUAGAUGUGUUAGAGCAGGGCUGGAGCAAAAGCCUGCACACACACCAGUUCUACAGGAGAAAAGUUGGCCAGCCCUACUGCUGUAAGAGGUUGUUUUGGGAUUGGCCAUUUAAUGGCAUUUACCCUUUCUACUGUUACUAAAUCCCUCCCCCUUACAGUUAUAGCUGGACCUGUAAGCCAAUCAGUGCCAUCGACAGCUCCUGUUUCGACGAAUAUGUGCCCACCUCCUUCUCUGUGAUCGUGUUUCCAGUGGGGUUCCUGAAACAGGACUUUGACCAGUUCAGGUUCACGCUCACGGUCCAGAGUGGAGAACGCUCAUCUACGGCUGACACCUUCAUC